AUGGAAAAAUGUGGACAGCCUAGAAACUCGCGAAUUGUUGGAGGUCAGGAUGCCACUCCAGGAAAAUGGCCCUGGCAAGUCAGCAUUGUUCGGAAUGGGCGACAUUAUUGUGGAGCCUCAAUUAUAAAUGAACAAUGGAUACUAUCAGCAGCUCAUUGCUUCUAUAACAGUUCACCUGAUGAUGCAUAUGUGGCACUGCUGGGCGCCCAUCAGCUCCACAAGCUCUCAACUGAUGUAGUAUUUGUGAUGAUGAAAAAAAUUAUCCUCCACCCAGACUUUAAUGGGAAACCCCCCUCUCUUGGAGAUAUUGCUUUAAUUCAACUGGAAAAACCAGUGGAUUUCACUAACUCCAUUAUGCCCAUCUGUUUGCCGACAUCCUCUGAAAAUUUCUCUACAGAAACAGAUUGUUGGGUCACUGGAUGGGGAACAAUUAAAUAUGAAGUCCCCUUGCCAUUGCCACUAACCCUCCAGGAAGUGAAAGUGCCUCUCAUAAACCAAAACAUCUGCAGUGGGAUCUACAACAGCUUUCCAGUUUUUGGCAAGGAUGCUAUCAAGGAUGAUAUGAUUUGUGCAGGUUAUCCAAACAGUGGAAAAGAUUCCUGCCAGGGUGACUCUGGAGGCCCCUUGACUUGCCAACUUCAAGGAAGGUGGACUCAGGCUGGGAUUGUGAGCUGGGGCGUUGGAUGUGCCAGUACAACAUUCCCUGGCGUCUACACUUCAGUGCCUUACUAUUCUGACUGGAUCAAAUAUGUAAUGGAGGAGAACACAAGCAACAAAUCCAACUCCGGAAAUAUACUCACUCAAAACAUAUCCACAUCAGGAGUGUCCUCUCAAAAUAGGUCCAACUUACUAGUACCCUUACUAGUUGUGCUUUUAUUGUCCAUUGGACUGGCUGUUAUUUGAUAUCGCUUUGCAUUCAGCUUAUCAAUUAACAGAAUUUCCCAACCUUAGAAACUUUUAUGUAUAUGUAUAUAUUAAAAAUAUUUAUAUCAUGGAUCUAGAGAAACAAACAUGUGCAAAGCACUUCCCUUCUUACUAUGCUUGCCAGUGAAAAGCAAAAUUGAUUCAUGGAAGAAAAACCAAUUAUUGAGUUUAAAAUCACUA